AUGACCAAAAAAUCUAAGCGCUUUAUCCCGGACGAAGAGGAACGAAAUCGCCGUGCCCGCCAGCGCAACCUUGGAAGGGCCAAGGCCAACAAGGUCACGAAGCCCGGCAAGGCCGCGAAGGGCAAGGGGGUGGCCCGCCAGCUUGGACAGGCCAUCCUCGACCCUCAGGCCGAAGCUGAGGCUGUGGGGGAGGCGGAGGCUGUGGGGGAGGGGGAUAGGGGUGGGGAGGAGGCGGCGCUGGAGGAGGAGGAGGGGGGGGUGGGAGGGUGGAGAGGAUCCGCCACAGGAUGGCGCUCCUGGGGCUGA